UAGGUAUAACAUUGAACCUUUUCCCCUAAACUUUCCUGCGUUCGGAGCUAACUCGUUGGAGCCAUUCUUUUGACAGUUUGUUAAGAAAGUAGGAAAAGUUGCUGAUCCAUGCCUUGCUGAUAGCAUAAAUCUGUACCUUAACAAGCCAGAAGUUCAAAAGGCACAGCAUGCCAACACCACUCAUCUGCCAUAUGCCUGGAAUUUUUGUUUGGGGAAUAGAUUCUUAGAGCCAGGGCUUCUUCUUUGGGUAUAUUGCAUCAAAUGGCACAAGCGAAAAUUACGGAAAAUACUUUGAAACUUGCAAGCUAUGAUGCUUACUUUGAGAUGGUCCAGAACAGAAAAAAAUUGCCCCGAAAUUUACAGGAAACUUUAACUGAUGCAUUUGCAAAUAUUCCAGUUUCAUCCUUCCCUCAAGUCCCAGGAGGAAAAGUGAUUGAAAUAGACGCUGAGACUUCCAUAGGCGAUGCCGUCAAAAUCCUUUCUGAAUCCAACAUCCUCUCAGCUCCGGUGAAGAAUCCAGCUGCUCAGAAUAGUACGGAUUGGAGAGAAAGGUACUUAGGCAUCCUAGAUUACUCGGCUAUUGUUCUUUGGGUGCUGGAGGGUGCGGAAACAGCAGCAGCUGCCUUAUCAGCAAGUUCGGCAGCAGCAGCAGGCGUUGGAGCAGGUGCUGUUGGUGCUCUCGGAGCAUUGGCAUUGGGUGCAACGGGUCCCGCCGCAGUUGCUGGUCUAACGGCGGCUGCAGUCGGUGCAGCUGUGGCAGGUGGAGUGGCUGCAGAUCGAGGAGCGGGAAAGGAUGCUCCAACUGCAGCUGAUAAGUUGGGUGAGGAUUUCUACAAGGUUAUCCUUCAAGAAGAACCCUUUAAGUCAACAAAGGUGAGGUCCAUUAUAAAAUCCUAUCGGUGGGCACCAUUUGUUCCAGUAGCAACAGACAGUUCUAUGUUGAGUGUCUUGCUGUUGCUAUCAAAAUAUAGGCUGCGGAAUGUACCUGUUAUUGAAAGGGGAAGUCCAUUUCUUAAGAACUUCAUUACUCAAUCGGCUGUAAUACGGGGUCUUGUAGGAUGCAAAGGGAGGGAUUGGUUUGACUGCAUCUCUGCUCACCCUAUAUCAGAGCUUGGCCUCCCGUACAUGUCCGCUGAUGAGGUUAUUAGUGUCCGAAACGAUGAACUGAUUUUGGAAGCAUUCAAGAAAAUGAGAGAUAGCAAUAUUGGAGGUCUGCCAGUUGUUGAAGGACCAAAGAAGAAGAUAGUGGGCAAUGUAAGCAUAAGAGACAUCAGAUUCUUGUUACUCAAACCUGAACUAUUCUCCAACUUCAGGCAGCUGACAGUCACGGGCUUCAUGAACACAGUUGCUUCGGCAACACAUGAUGCCACAAAGGCUGCUACACCAAUAACAUGCAAGCUCGGUUCAACUCUUUGUAGUGUGAUAGACACUCUCGCGUCCAAGUUAGUUCACAGGAUCUACGUGACAGCCGAGGAUGACGAAGAAGUCGUCGGUGUAAUUACGCUCAGAGAUGUCAUUUCCUGCUUCAUCUAUGAACCACCAAACUUCUUUGAUAACUAUUUUGGAUUUUCUGCACAAGAAAUGCUCGGAAAAUGAUAUGUUUCUGUUGGUGAAUAAGCGGGAUAUGGGUGAGUAGAAGAUGCAGUAAAAAGAAUCAGUACCAGGUUUUUAGCAUAAAAAUACAAGUAAUAGUCUCUUUUACCAGUUUAACAUGUGCACGAUGAUCCUUUUAUGUCACUUUUUGAGUUCCUUUUUUUUGUUUCUCCGGUUUAUCAAAGGCCGUUCUGUCUUGCUAGCUAGCAUGAAGGUUAAGGUUCCAUAAAACUUUUUCUAGAUAGAAAGUUCUUUUUCUGCAUGGUUAUAGAAAGCCAUUGUAUAGAGAAUUUGGGAUUUACCAUUUUCUACCAAGUUUGAUCUGUAAGGGUAUCGGUCGAGUUCCCGCCCCCUUCGAGUUUGUACUUUA